AGUGGUGCGGGUUUUAGUGCGUACCGGUAGUGACGUUUGACGAAGCGGGUUCAACUCUGGCAUUCGAGGGACUGAGACGAAGCACUGGCAGGUUAAAAGAGGAGAGACUGAAGUGAAAGAGAAAGGGACUCAACUCCAUAAAUUGUGUUAAUUUUAACGUCUAAGGUUGAUAAACUUUUGGAACUAGCUUUAUUUUUUUCAUAUUUCACAAGAAAUAAACUUGGAACGAUUUGAACAAAAAGGUUUUAACAUUAUAAACAGUAACAAAAUGGCAACAGGUUCAUUGUCUUCGGUUCCAAAACGUUUGCGUAUGGUUGAAGACUUUUCUUGCACACGUUGUUUAGAGCAGAAUCUUACGGAAUCUGCAGACAUUUAUUGUGAAAAAUGUGAAGGGUUUUAUUGUAAAAAAUGUGUUAUCCUGCAUAGUCAAUUUCUUACAAAACAUAUGACAUGUGGAAGGGAGGAUAUUAGGAAAUGGCCAGUUUCUAAGGCAGUGGAAGAUUUUCUCAGGAAGUGUGAGGUGCAUGAGGAUGAAACACUGACACAGUUUUGCCAUUACCACAGUCAGCUGUGCUGCUCUGCAUGUGUUGGAACAAUUCACAGCCAGUGCAGAGAAGUGACCCAGAUUUCAGAGCUGACCAACUCGCAGCCCUCAGGCCUAGAGGGGCUGUCAGUGGAGCUGGAAACUGUCCUGGGGGAAAUUAAAACCCUGCAGAUCAGUCAGGAGGCCAGCAUUCAGUCAUUGCAGAGAACAUACAAUGAACAUAGGGAAGUUAUUAUAGAGCAAAUGUGUGGCAAUUUAAAUACUUAUAUUGAUAAAUGUGAUAAUAAUUCUGUGGGAACAUCAGGCGGAAAUGAGCAAUAUUUAAAAGAAGAGAUGUGUAGGAAUGUUGUUUCUAUCUUGAAUGAAUUCGAUAAUAUUACUGCGAAGGAACUUAACGAGAUGAAAGAUGAAGUUAUAAGCAUUAAAGGGUCAGUUACAAGUUCUAUUCAUAAAUGCACCAGUCUUCACCAUGACUUGUCACAAUUCCAUGAAAUUGUUCAGAAAAUUAGAGAUCAUAAGGAGCUCUGCCUAAUAGCCAGCAUAAAAUGUAAGCAUAUAAUACAGCAGGCACUGACUCUGCUGGGAAAGUCAGGCAAGGCGUUUAAUGUCCAGAGUAAUACUAAGCACAAUUUGAGAAUACCAAGUGAUUCACAUGAAUGUUGGAUCACAGGCAUAUGUGUUCUGACUGAUGGGCAGGUGCUGGUUGCAGACAGGCGCAAUAAGAGGUUCAAGCUGCUGAACCAGCAGUACCAGGUGGUGAGUCACUGUGAUGUGACUGGAUAUGUAGAGGACAUGUGUCAGAUCACACCCAGUGAGGUUGCAGUGGCUCUGGAAAAGAAUGCUAGCAACACACAUAAUGUCCAGUUUAUUACAGUCACCCAGAGCCAGCUCACUCUUGGUAGGAAGCUUGAGUUACAACAUGAAUAUACAGGUAUUGCCUGCCAUCAGGGAGAACUGUUUAUCUGCUCUGGUACUGCUCUGUUCAAGUACACACUAUAUGGCAAACAGCUCUGCAGACUCUAUGAAGAUAGGUCACUUCUUGAUUAUGUGUAA